GAGAGACAGAGAGAGGGAGAGAUGAGGAUGGAAGGAAGGGAGGAAAUGCAACGGGCAGAAAGGGUUUCUUAUGCCUGGGAAACUCACCAGCCUCCCCCUGCCACCAGCAGCAGGGGCAAGUGGGUACGGCUGAAUGUUGGGGGCACCAUCUUCCUAACCACGAGGCAGACCCUGUGCCGGGAACAGAAAUCAUUCCUGUGCCGCUUGUGCCAGGGGGAGGAGCUGCAGUCGGACCGGGAUGAGACUGGUGCCUACCUCAUAGACCGGGACCCCACAUACUUUGGACCUAUCCUGAAUUUUCUCCGUCAUGGCAAGCUGGUACUGGAUAAAGAUAUGGCUGAAGAGGGGGUUCUGGAAGAAGCCGAGUUCUAUAACAUUGGCCCUUUAAUCAGAAUAAUCAAGGACAGACUGGAGGAGAAGGACUACACAGUAACACAGGUUCCACCAAAACAUGUGUACCGGGUGCUGCAAUGCCAGGAAGAAGAGCUCACUCAGAUGGUUUCCACCAUGUCAGAUGGCUGGCGUUUUGAGCAGCUGGUGAAUAUUGGUUCAACCUAUAACUAUGGGAAUGAGGACCAGACAGAGUUUUUGUGCGUGGUCUCCAAAGAGCUGUACAGUUCUCCUAAUGGCCUGAGCUCUGAGCCCAGCCGCAAAGUCAAGCACAUUCAUCUACUCAGGAUUCCACUAAUUCUUUCUCCCUGCGGACUCCUUCUCCUCCUGCUCCCUUCCGCUGCUCUCAUCCUGCCCAUGGGGCUUCCACCCCCUCCUCUCCACGCUGCCUUCCCUCAAGAAUUCUGCUCCUCUGUCCCCUUCACCUUCAUUGCUUCUUCCCAUGCACCUAAGUUCCCAUACCUCACCUCCCCAGCCUCUGAUCCUGCGUGCUCCCCACUCAGGACCCCAUGUCUUCCUGCUCCUCACUUUUCCUUCUCUGCAGGUACAGUACCUGUCUGCACUCUCAGAUACAAAUCUGAGUUCUGCAUGGGUGACACUCACCUCCCCUCUUAUGGAUCUGGCCUUGGUUUGUAAAGCUGGGGGGUGGGGGUGGCUGGGGGGGGGGGGGAGUACUUUCUUUAUGUGAUGCUUUCCUGAUUUUUUUGGUUUGUGCCUUUAUUUCUGAGCAGGCCUUACAGUUCUGGACUAAAGGCUCUGGCAGCAGAAGGCAGAGCAAAGCUGUGAGAAACUAAGAGGGGUGGGAACAAGGGCAAGACUUAUCCUGUUGUAAAUGGGAGAAGUGCCACAUUUCUGCCUGGCACUGACAGACAGAUAGAUGCACAUAUCCCACAAGUCUUUCUCCCAGAAGCUACUGUUAAUCCUCUUCUUGACAGCUGACAGAAUAUUCUGCAUGAAGAUUUCUAUAUCUUUCCUGUCUCACUGCCACUUGCCUCUGAAAGAAAUCUUAGGCUGGUCAUCUCAUCUCCCCUCAGACUCCAACAGGGUGACUGUUCUGGGGAUAAGCAUAGCAACUGAGCAGCUGGCUUUUUGGGCUCUGCGUAAAAUAUGCCCCAGCGCUCUGUAGUUCAUAAGCGUUGGCUGUGUGGUGCUGAUGGCUGGUGCCAUAAGGAGCUCAGAGGGAAGAGUCAUUGGUUCUCUCUUGUUAGGGAUUUUACAGGAUUUGUAUCACAUGGGAGGUUUCUGAAUCCCUCUUCCUGCACCCUUCAUGAUUAGGGCAUUCAUUGUCUGUCUGGCAUUUGCCAGGCUCUCUCCUGCCUUCUGUUCAGGAGCCUCUUCUCCCUCAGCUGUGAGACUUGAGUUUCUUAAGUCAAUGUAUUUUACUCAUGUGGAUUUUCCUUCCUCUCUCUCUCUCUCUCUUUCCUCCCUUUUCACAUCUUUCUCUUUUCUGUUCUUUCUUCUCUCCCUUUUUCUAUUCCUCUUCCCAUUCUCCCAUUUCCUUUCAUUCUUGAUUUUCUCUGUCGUUGGCUUUGCUCUUUCUCUCAUUUUCCAGCUGUUACAAGCCAGAGG